AUGGAAACUCAACCCAGUAUGCAUGAGAGGAAGCCCAAGAGGCGAGCUCGCCCCCGGCCUCUACCCCCCGCUGUCAACGCCCACAAUUUAGCCCUUGAAAAAGGGCGCCGAGAGGAUAUGAAAAGAGACCUUCUGGAUCUAGCGCGCCUGGUGCCUGCUCUGGCGCCUGUCCGACGCCUUUCAAAGACGCUCGUUGUCAAAGAAAGCCUUCGGCAUUUCAAACAGCAACGCGAAAUGUGCCUUGCAGCCGCAGAAGAUGUGCGAGACCUGGUAGCAGAGAACCAUCGAUUGAUUGCCCAGCUCAAUGAGUUGCGCUUCCUAGCCGGCAAACCAAGCACACUGGCCUCGCAGCCCAAGCCCCUCACAGAGGGAAUUCUCCAGCUAAUGGAUGUACCAAAUCAAGUCUGUGGGCAAUUCCCAGCGGGAUUCGGGGAUAACUGGGCCUGUGAAACCCAUGAAGCCAAAGCCCAGCCCACACGAAGCACUACGUCUGCGAUCGAAGAUGCGGAACCUUUCGCGUCUGCAGGUGUCAUACCAUGGGAAGUGGGCCCGCCAAUUCACGGACAAGCCGUGGAUAAUCAUGAAAAUGCGACGUCUUUUGCACACCAUUAUAAAUUCCCCCUGCCUAUUGAAAUGGGCGCUCGCCACUCCUUGGAUUUUGUUUCCGCUCCAGAUACACCCAUCGAUUUCUCACAUGAAGCGAGUCAAGAGGAGCUUAUCUCGACUCGAGGUCAACUUGAAUGCUAUAUGCCAUUGAACUUCGGAGAAUAUCCCAUUGAACCAUUGGAACCGACAUCGAUCAAUAUACCCGCAAGCAUGUGGAUGCACGGGGUGAAUAUGUCACCAAUUGCUCAAUACAUACCAUUAGGAGAUACGGGACCGCUGGAUGUGACCUACAAUAGCGCAUAUACUCCUCAAUGA